AUGAUGCACCUUCCUUCACAAGAACUCGAGGAAUUAAAACACUACACACCCUUAAACAUUCAACAAGAAUUGCAAGCAAAUGGUUGUGAGUUAAUGGUACAAAUAUGGCACUCUCUAGUACAAAAACAUGAAACAAGUUCCUUAGUGGAAGAUCUAAUCCAGAGUGGAAAGGGAGAUCUAGGAAAGAUGAAAAUUGUACGAGCUAAAACAAUGAAAACUGCUGAUCAAUUUUAUUACACAGUUCAAUUAGCGCGAGAAGUUUCGGGUCUCAAAGAGUACUUUGAAGUCAUUAGAGACUAUGGAGGUAUUCAGAUUGAGAACCAGCUUAUGAAAUCGUCAAAUCCCUUCUUUAAAAAGCUUCAACCAGAAGCUUGCACCUACAAGUUUGAUUGUCAUUGCAGUGAGUUGAAACUACAACCUAGACAUAAAAUAUGUGUUAACUGCCAGCACGUACACAAAUUGAUAACGCAGUAUGAAGACCUGGAAAAUCUGGCAUGCAUACUCAUUCUGGUCGAUAAAGGCCGCAUGGGAGACACAUUUCCCCAGAGUUUUGACUGUCUCGACUUGCGACUUAGCUACGAUAGUAGUCAAGAGUUUAAGGAGGGCUCGGCAGUCUAUCUAUCCAGUCUUAUUCAAGAGCUUGGAAGAAUGUGCCGUUAUACUCAAGUUCCCACAAGUGCGACUCCAUAUGUAUUGAUUGGGCGACAGCUAUUCAAGAGACUCAAGACGUCAAUUAAGACGUCUCCAUCAAUAAGUGCAACUUCCUGCACUAAAGCAGACCGGUAUAUGGCUAAGACGCCCUCGAUCAAAGACGCACAAUCAUCGGCUUUGCGAUGGCUAAACUAUGAAGCACAUAAAGACAGCUACGAUUAUGGAAACUCACAAACGCACUGCAACAGAAUCCUUCUGCAAGCCGAACCUCAGAUUGGCAAGACGGGAACGUACUUGUGCCUGAUAAGAGAAUUGCGACUGAAUAUUCUGGGAAAAGAAAGAGUUUUGCUCACUUCACCUGCUACAUUUGACGAAGGUUCCUUUUACCAGUGGAAGGAAAGAAAUAAUCCUGACGAGUCGGUUAUCACAGAUGUAGAUGAAUGCAAAUACUGGCAAUUUCCGUACUGGAAGACAAUCGCGACUUGCCCAAGCCUGCUCGACAAACCGGUUGAGAUGGGGAAGUAUUCAAUAGGAGGGUGCUUCUACUCUCAUGACAUGGAGGAAAAUCCAUUCAUUUUUCUGAAGGAGGAAGGGAAAACGCUAAUCAAGACCGGUCAUCAAAACCUUAAGACUGAUGAUUGUUCAAAUGGCCCCCGUGCUUGGCAUUGGUACCAUUUUGAGAAAUGUGCUGAGUGUGGAAGACUUCUACAGGGCAAAGAAUCUAAGCUGGAAAAUGUGGUGGUACACAUUGCUGGAAUCCCCGUCACUGUUACAUGCUCCUUGCCCAGCAAUUGUCCGUCAUUCACUCAACUUAAAGAAAAAUUAACGAGCAGUAAAUCUCUAGUGGAUGGUCUCACUUUGCCAUACUGGAUAUUUCAUCCUUCACACAGAGACGAUCCUAGGAAGUGCACUUUGAAUUACCACCACGUAAUGCAAGAAAACGGACGCGUUAUCAAUUAUGUCCAAGUUGUCGUUGUUCGAAAGGAAAAGUUCGAGGCCUACAGAUCCACCUGGGGAAAGGUACUCGUCAUUGUACCACUUCCAGAGGAACUACCCAAUUGCGGCCUUGGACCGGAAGAUGGAGGAAUUGGUUAUGCCAGACUGUUUAUUCAAAAGUUCGCAUUUUCUUUAGAGCUUGAAUACGUCUUCAUGAUUGAUGACAAUAUCGCCAUGAUGUCAGAAGCAGAAUUUUCAAAAGAUCACAUGUCUGGAAAAGAAGUAAAAGUACUCAGAGAUGACAGUGGGGUGAUGCAAAUGCGGCGAUGCACUUUCCUUAAGCCUUUGUCAAGUCUUCAAAAAAUAGUACAGGGAAAGGACACUCCAACCAUGGCUGACAGGGAACACGAGUCGCAUCCACUAAAAGAUGAUUUUGAAGCCCAAGGCUUCCACUGUAUACCUACACUGGUCCUGCGAAAUUGUUCCGCGAUAAGCAACAUGGGAGCUAUGGUGUUCUUGGUCUGAUGAGAAGUGUCCCAAAAGCAGUGAGUCCGUUCAUGAAGACCCAGGUGUACGCUGUGGUCUUGCUCAAUGUCAAAAGUACUGUGGACAAAGGCGUCUUUUACCGUCCAUGGCCCUGCUGGGAAGAUCUACGCUUCAACGAUGAUUGUGACAAAGCAGGUCUAUGGGUUGUUAGAUGCAACCGUUACUCUUUCGUCAAAGUUCAGUACAAAGCCUGGAUUGAGAGCCUCGUCCUGCCUCAAGUCUUCCCUUGGGAUGAGAAAUGUUCAAUCGUGGAGAGACCAGUUGAAAGCGAGCUACCAGAAGCCCUGGAAGAGAAAAUUAUCCUAGAGCACCUUUGCAACUUUGUGAACUCCAGUGGUCCUGACAAGUGUUUCAAAGAGAGAAUUGAAUAUGAUAGACCGGUGAAUAAAGAAGCAGUAGAUUCUCCCCUUCGCAUCCUUGAGCAACUUGAUGUGGGUAUGGUUGCAGAAGGAGAUCGCACCAGGGGAGUUUCUAUCCUGGUUCUCUCCUACUUUCCAGGAAAUCGGAGAAGAGAGACCUUAGAUGUCCUUGAUUCAAAUUUCUGUGCUACAAAGAAGAAAAUUGUUUUCGUUGCAAGUGCCACAGAAGCAAAUAGGCGAUGGCCUCAAAUGACUGUGCAAACCAUAUCAACCAGGCACGGUAUUUGUCACAACGAUGAGAUGACUGAUAGAAACGCACAAUUUGCCAUUUUUUCCGCGGCAGACCCUAAGAGGCACCGUUUGCGUUGGAUUUUGAUCGAAGCAUCCUUCUCGCAUAACAACGACGUAGUUAAGACAGAAAUGGGCACAAAUGAUAUUGAGGCUUUUGAAAAAAGCCUUGAAAACAACAGAAAUGCGCUAACUCUGGAGGAAAGUACCUCGUCUAACCAGCAAAAUACAGGCAAAACGACGAAAGGAGUUAAGAGAUCGCUGCAGGAAUCCUCCAAUGACUGCCAAACAUUCAAAAGGCAAAAGAUUCAAGAAGAAUGCCAGAAACGACGUAACAACCAAGAAGGCGAGACGAUGUCAGCAGAUGGGACAGCGGUUAGAAAAGAGAGAGAAAGUAGUAGUAAAUCUCCCCAUUCGGUGAGAGAAGUCGACAAUUUAGCUUUGUUCGGUGGAGAAGGAGAUGCCGAAGUCGAAAGUAACUCUGACGCCAGUAUCGUUAGCGAAACCCCGCAGUCUCAAGAGAGGAGACAAGAAGAUGGAUGUAACAAUCGCAAGUAUUUUGAAGGUACCAGUGAGGUCACUAAAGCUAUCGUCGAUCUUUGGAUGGAAUACAAGAAAAUUCCAGGGAGCACUAAAAAGGUGAAGCAGGGAACAGGAACGAGCGAUCUUACAAUGGAAUAUGUAAAGAGCAAGCUUUCGAAAUUCACUCUUAGCCAGCUAGAAGAAAGAGAUGAGAGUGGUUUCAAUGCGCUCUUGAAAGCCUGUUCCUUGCCAUCCAUGAGUCCUCAUGUAAUGCAGUAUCUCAUAAAUGAUGCAAAAGUAGAGAUCAACUCUCGUUUGCCUCCUAACUUUGACAGGCACCACCCAGCAGGCGAAGGGUUGAUUCCAGGAAUGUCUGCUUUGUCAGUGGCUAUUAAAUGUGGAAAGAAAGCCAAAACGCUUCAAACUUUCACGAAACGAGGAAAAGAAAUUUCGGUAGGAACUUUUGACGAGGAGAGGAAUACUGCUCUUCACCACUGUGUUCUAUCCUGUUCUAAAUUUGCCUUUAAGAAGGUAUUCCCUCUAUACAAGAACAAGAAUUGGAAAACGAUGAUCAACGGUGAGGGAAAGAGCCCUUUAGACAUUGCCAAGAACAUGGAAUGGAGUAGAUUGAGCGAAGGUAACCAACAGACCAUUGCAUUCAUUCUUAAGGAAAUGGAGGGAGGCGAGAAAUCUAAUUGUCAUCCAAAUUGCAUAAAAAAAGUGCCGUUAAUGAAUGAUGGCUCUCUUGAAGGAAAGCAAGCCAACAGCGAUCAGAAUAAACGCGUACAAACAUUUAAAGAAAUGGAGGGAGGCGAGAAGUCUAAUUAUCAUCCAAAUUUCUUAAAAAAAGAGCCGUUAAUGAAUGAUGGCUCUCUUGAAGGAAAGCAAGCCAACAGCCAUCAAAAUGAACGCGUAAAUACAUUUAAUGAAGAACAUCAGGAAUGGUCCACCCAAAUAAAGCGACCAAAAAUUGGUGACGGUUACGGCCAGCAUGUAGAAGAAGUAGUUCCUGGCAAAGCUGUUGAUGGAGGCGGAAAAAUUGGUCUUGGUGACGACUCCAGUGAUAACGGAAGCGUUAAGCGCGAUACUUUGGGGAAGAAAGCUGAUAUAGUCCAAUCUUUAGAUGCCGCCGCGCAUAUGGAUGGUACCAACAGUGUCACCGGGAUUAUCGUGGAUUUAUGGAGAGAGUAUAAAGAAAUGCAAACGCAAGUUGAGGAAAAGGGCAGAAGCGACCUAACCACAGACGAAAUUCAGAACAAACUCGAGCAUUUCUCAAAAGAUCAACUGGAUGCAGCAGAUGAAAGAGGCUAUAAUGCACUUCUUAAAGCCUGUUCCUUGCCUGCUAUGAGUCCUCAUGUAAUGCAGUACCUUAUCACUACAAGAAAGGUUGACCUCAAUUGUCAGCUUCCUUCUGAUUUUGAUGUGAAUCACUCAGAGGCUAAGGAAUUAGUUCCAGGAAUGUCCUCUUUGUCCGUGGCAAUCAGAAAAAAAAAUGUAAAAUCAGUCUCCACGUUUAUGAAUAGGUCAACGUGGAUUCAAGUAAGAAGUUUUGACGAUAAUGGAAACACCGCUCUGCAUCAUUGUGUGAUUUCGAUUUAUAAAACUGCCUUUGAUAAAAUUUUUCCCCUUUUCAAGCCGCUGGAAUGGAGAGAGAUGCGAAACAAAAGAGGAAAGAAUCCUUUGGACAUA